AUGAGUUUGGCUUUAUUAACUGAACGGAAGACACUUGAUGAAAUUCGAGAGGCACGAAAGGUUUGCACAUGUGUGACAUUAGCAACUAUAGAGAAAAUUCAAACAGAUUAUAAUUGGUUUUACAAUGCAUGCAAAAAAUGUCAAAGGAAGGUAAAGUCUGAAGAUGGUAAAUUUUGGUGUGAGAAGUGCAAUGAAAACGCAAGAUUUGUUAUCCCAAGGUAUAGAGUCCAGGUUUUAGUCAUUGACCAUACAUGUACUGCAUCAUUUGUACUGUUUGAUCGAGAAGCUAAACAAGUUAUUCACAAAUCUGCGGUCGAAUUGAGGGGACGACUAACAAAAGAAGGUGAUGAUGAUUCAUUUCCUCGUGAGUUAGAUGUGUUGGUGAAAAAGAAAUUUUUGUUCAAAAUACAAGUUUCAGAAUUCAAUCUCAACCAAAAUUGGCCUGUAUUUUCCGUCUCAAAAAUGACUGAUGAUGAAAAUCGGAUAGCAGCUUUCAAAGACAGCUUAGAUUUGAACCAGGUCUCUUUAUCUGUCACUUGUGACAAUACAGAAGUUGAAAUUUGUUCGUCGGAUAACAUUACACCUUGCAAGAGAAAUUUGUUCGAAUCUGAUGUCGAGCAAUCUGUUUUAGUGGACUUGAUCUCUCCGCAAAUGUCAAGCAACAAAAAGGAAAAACAUAUCAAAAUUGAAAAAGAUAAUUACUAG